AUGAAGCCAAUCUGCGCUGCAACUGUCAGUCUUUUAGUAUGGAUUUCAUUGAUAAGAAACGGCCAUGCGGUGGAUGAGCCUCCGCUGUCUGUGCUGAGAGCUGAAGGAGAUGAUGGAAAACCUCCACUGAUCGUGUUGACGAGUUCCAUAACAAUGCCAGUGCCAACGGAGGGAGUCAAAUAUGAAGCAACGGAGCCAGGAACCAACAGCGAUGUUACAGCUGUUCCAGAGACACCACAACUACCCACACGGGCGCCUCACAAGAAGAAGCCGCCACCCAACGGCCCUCAGGCCCCACUCUUGUCAAUGCCUGAAAUGUGGAACAGUUUUCCGCUGUCAAAUGCUGCUGCAAGGCCAGUUCCAGUACCACCCUCUGCGAUCCCGUUUUACUACCCGCUGCCUGUAUAUAUUCCAUAUCCGAUUCCAUUUGUGCUGAACUAUGCCCCGGAGGACCAAAGCGGAGUGCAAUUCAAUGAACUACUGCCUGAGCAGCUCAGCAAAGAACGCAAAAAGAUUCGAAAGGGGCAACAUCCGAAGAAGACUGCAAGUCGAAAUCUACCUACAAAGUGGCAAGAUUCAAACCCGAGUCCUUGA